AGUCCACACUGGACGAGUUAAUUCGCGCUCAGGAACUGCAGAUUUGGUUUUCGGGCUCUUUACUGAGCCGCCUGAUCACUUACCUAGAACUACACUUUAGAGCUUCAAAACUCCCUCGCGCCGGAAGUUGCGCUUGGCACUUCCUAGUAGGGUCAUGGCCAGGAGGUGGGAGUAGUCGCCCCAGCCUGCGCCCCAGGGGUUGCCUCCGCCUAGAGCUGAAGAGUGAGUUCCUUCUGUAGGUAUUUCGAGGCAAGAAGUCAAUCGUUCUGAUAACUACAAAUCGGAUUACUAAAGCUGCAAGAAAAAGAUAACAAUUUUCAGCAGUCAGUGACAUCAGAGCUGCCCAUCCCAAUCAACUGGGAAGAGCGCAUUACUUUGGCCUUCAUUGGUUCCUAUUCAUUGAGCAAAUACACUGUAUCCAGCUUACAGAUGGCAGAAGUGAAGUCGAUGUUCCGAGAAGUCCUUCCAAAACAAGGGCAGUUGUCUGUGGAAGAUGUAACCACAAUGGUACUGUGUAAACCCAAGCUUUUACCCUUAAAAUCUCUGACUCUGGAAAAACUGGAGAAAAUGCAGCAAGCAGCACAGGAUACAGUCCGCCAACAAGAAAUGACAGAAAAAGGCAACCAGCAAAUAACCCACUAACCACUACCACUUUAGAGGAUGCCCCAUUUUAACCCUUAACUGUUCAGUAACUAGAAACUAUUCUGCAUCUGUAGGCUAGAAAUACUUAAACUGGACAUUCAAAAUUUUUAAACACAAAAUUUGGGUGUUUAAACAUUGGUUUGUGUUAAAAGGAAAUCUUUGAACCAAGUUUUAUGGAAUUUUGAAAGUUUUUAAAUUAUAAGUUUCUCACCUUAUUCACCGUACCUAUUGUUAUGAGUAUAAAAACUUAAAUGCAUCCUUUAUGGAUGAAGGAUUUCUUUGUUUAUUAGAAACCUGAAUCUAAAAAUAAACUCUAAUGUGAAUAGAUUGUUGGGCUUGUACAUUACCCAAAAAUAAACCAACUGUGUGCCACAUCAUGUUUACUGCUAUGUAACCUGACCAAUGACAGCAGUAACAACUAACUUGUCUAUAAACUAAAAGCUCGUGGAACUAAGCUCUCAAUUACACUUAUCUUAAGAAAGAGAGAAUUACAUAACUGCUACUCAAGUACCACAUACAAAAACAUGAAAAUGCUUAUUAUAGCAAAAAACUCAAGUAAUAUGAGCCUAAAAGAGCCAUGAGGUUUGAACACCAGAGGGUUUUCUUUCUAAACAAUGGUACCUAACCCUGUAACCAAGGAACUGUUUUGAAAAUUAUAGAGUGAUUUUGCUGCAGUCACCAGACACUUUCAGUUACCACAGAUGUUGAAACCUUCCUAAGUUAAUGAGGCUUUAUAAAAGAGGCUAGUAAUGUGAUCCCUGUAAGGUAACUUAUUCAUUGGUAGUUAUAUAUUGGUUAUUUAGUUAAAUGCAAAGCUUUAAGUACUUAAGAGAAUUUUUUAAACAUGUUAACAGAAUAUAAGGAUAAGAUCACUCAUUAAACCUCUAGUUAUACUAAUAAACAAGAUUAACGUGUAUGUGUAUUUCCCUAGGAUAACCUUAAAAGGCCUUUAACUAUUACACUUUUUUUAAAAUUUU